AUGGGUAGAAGUAUUGUUUUGGAGGAAUCCAAGGAUGUUGGCAAAAGAAGCAGGAUAUGGUCACGAGAAGAUAUAGAUCAUGUAAUAUCUAAAAACAAAGGAUCUGAUUUGAUAGAAGUUAUAUAUCUUCAAUCAUCUAUACCAUAUAAAGCAAAUUGGGGUUCUGAAGCAUUCUCUAGUAUGUGGAGUCUUAGAAUACUAAUCAUCUUAUGUAAUGUGUAUCUUCCUCAUGGUCUCACAUGUCUUCCUAGUUCAUUGAAAAUUCUUGAAUGGCAAGCAUAUCCUUUGCAAUCUCUUCCACACAGAGUUCAUCUAUUGGCGUUUCCUCCACUAAUCUCAAGUCUUGCAUCAUUGAAGGAAUUGGAUAUAAGUGACUACAAUCUCAAAAUAAUUCCAAAUGCUCUUGGUUGCUUACCUUCAUUGGAGGUCCUUGAUUUGAGCAAAAACAAUUUUGAAAACUUGCCUGAUGGCAGUUGUGUUUUUCCACCUUCAUUCUCAGGUCUAGCAUCAUUCAAGGCAUUGAAUAUAAGUGACUGCAAUCUUAAAACAAUUCCAAAUGUUCUUGGUGGCUUACCUUUAUUGGAGUUCCUUGAUUUGAGUGAAAAUGAUUUCAGCAACUUGCUUGAUGGCAAUUGUGUUCUUCCUCCUUCAUUCUCAUGUCUUUCCUCAUUGAAGUUUUUGAAAUUAAUUAAUUGUAAUCUCCGUGAUGGAUCAAUUCCUAAGGAUCUUAGUUGCUUAUCAUCAUUGAAGGAACUUGAUCUAACUGGAAACAAAAUUACCCAUCUUCCUGCUCAAUGUGUUGCUAAUCUAUCACUUCUGUCUACUCUUCAUUUGAGCUAUUGCCCAAAGCUUAAAUAUUUGUCAAAUCUUCCGCCUAACCUAUAG